AUGGAGAGUGCCUACCUCAGAAAAAGUCUGGGCACCUGUUUAGCAGAAGGCCUUGCCGAAAUUGCAGAACAUCGGCCAUCGGAUCCUGUCUUGUACCUGGCCCACUGGAUUUACAAAUACAAGAAGAACAUGAUUGAAGAACUGCAGAGAAAAUUGGACAGGGAAGAACUGGAGCGAGAGCGUGAGGAGGCUCAAAAGGAAGUAGAAAUGCUAGAAAAAAUGAAAGAAGAAGAACUUUUGAUUCAGCAAAAGCUGGAAGUGGAGAGACAGGCUCAGAUGGAGCGAGAACAGGAAGAACGGGAGAGGAUGGAACGAGACAGGGCCGAGGAGCUCCUGCAGGAGCAGAAACGGCAGGCAGAGAUGGAGGCGAAGCUUGCCGCCGAAAAGGAGGCAGUUUCAAAGACUUUGGCUGAACUAAGUGACAAAUAUGGAGCUCCUCAUCUCAGUCGGGUUGAAGAGAUAGAUGAAAUGGAGCAAUCUGAACAUGCCUUCACUACUGUAGUCGACUCGGAGGAAGAACAAUAA